CAUCUUACAGCAGCCUGGAUCAGUUUCCUGAGCUGAGUAACAGCCGGCAGAGUUCAGACAGGCUCACACACACACUCUCUCACACACACAGCCACAAUGGCGAAGUUCCUGACCCAGGAUCAGAUUAACGAGUUUAAGGAGUGUUUCUCUCUGUAUGACCGCCAGCGGAAAGGGAAGAUUGAAGCCCGGGAGCUGAUCACAGUGAUGCGAUGUCUCGGGUCAAACCCCACUCCCUCUGAAGUCCAACGACACCUGAUGAGCCACACCAUUGAUUGGGGCGGAGAGCUGGAUUUCUCCAUCUUCCUGAGCAUCAUGCACCGGCAGCUCCAGCAGGAGGCGCCCGAGGAGGAGAUCCUGGAGGCCAUGAGGAUGGCUGACAAGGAGCAGAAAGGCUUCAUCCUUGCCUCCGAGCUGAGAGCCAAACUCACCGGGCUGGGAGAGAAGCUGACUGAUCAAGAGGUGGACGAGCUGCUGAAGGAGGCGGGAGUUGGACCUGAUGGACGGGUCCACUGUGAGCAGUUUGCCAAAGCGGUGUCUCGCUCCUCUGCAAAGCGCUGA